UUCGCCGCGGCUGCUCCGGUGACCGGCGCCCGCCCCGCUCCCGCACUUUGUUGGCGGCGCGGAGCGGAGCCCCCCUCGGCCGCCCCUGCCCGGAGCCCCGCGGCCACCGCCGGUCCCGGGCCGGGAGGAGGACUCGGGAGAAGGUCGUUUCUUCCAGUGAGUGACAGUAAGAAUGAAUGGACACAUAUCAAACACCCCUCCCGGUGGAUACGGAAGUUACUUUCCUCAAAUGAAUGGCUAUGGCUCCCCAACGYUUGCUCAGGCAGAGAGGGAGCAGAAUUCAAGAACAAGUGCAAAAGCUCUCUAUGAACAAAGGAAGAAUUAUGCACGAGACAGUGUCAGCAGCGUGUCUGAAACGUCACAGUAUCACGUCGAGCACUUGACCACCUUUGUUCUGGACCGAAAAGAGGCAAUGAUUACGGUGGAUGAUGGAAUAAGGAAGCUGAAAUUGUUGGAUGCCAAAGGCAAAGUGUGGACUCAAGACAUGAUUCUUCAAGUGGAUGACAAAGCUGUCAGUUUGGUGGACUUGGAAUCAAAGAAUGAACUGGAGAAUUUUCCUUUAAGCACAAUUCAGCAUUGCCAAGCUGUGAUGAAUGCAUGCAACUACAAUUCAAUUCUGGCACUAAUAUGUAAAGAACCAACCCAAAACAAGCCUGAUUUGCAUUUUUUCCAGUGUGAUGAAAUUAAGGCUACCUUUAUUCAUGAAGAUAUUGAAAGUGCAAUCAGUGACAGCAAAAGUGGGAAACAAAAGAAGAGGCUUGAAACGCUGAGGAUGAUUUCAAAAGCCGACAGUGCCAUCCCACCACCCCCACGGGCGCCUGCCCCCGUGCCCCCAGGGACCAUCACACAGGUGGACGUGCGGAGCCGCGUGGCAGCGUGGUCAGCGUGGGCRUCGGAGCAGGGCGAGUGUGAGUAUGGCUCUGGUUUUUUACAUCCCUAA